AUGGACCCAUCGAGUAUAGAAACCGCUUCAAUUGGUAAUCAAGAAUCUAUUAUCGGGAGUACCAACAUUUCCUUCAGGAAACGUAACAUAAUUGGAUCACCUCCAUCGGUGAAUUCAAAGACUAAACAAAAGAAAACAAGGCCAGGUUCGAACAUUACAGGACCAUCGAGUUCUGGUCUUCCACCAUUGUUUGAAACAGAUUCAAAUCCUGAAGCUACUCAGUGUCCAAACCAAAACAAAACAAAUGAAUUCAUUCCUCCACCAAGGUUCAUCGUACAGGACCAUCCUGAAGCUUAUAAUAAUCGAUAUAAAAUGGAGAGUGAGUCUGAAAAUGAAGAUGAAUAUGACGACAAUCAGACUUACAGUGGCUAUCCUGGUGGAGAGUCUUUGAUAAACCCAUCACCACAACAUAUCCCACAACAAGAAAAUCAUACCGUUACUUCAUCUAUUACUAUCAGGUCUGACGGAGCUAGCUCUAAGAAACUAAGAGAACCACUUGUUCUUCUUCUGCAGAAUAUGUUAGAUCAGUAUAAUCCUCAUGUUAAGGCUUUUAGGUCUGCAAGAGAUAGGUUCGACGUGGAAGGAUCAACAGGUUAUAGGAUGAGAGAAGAAGGGGGAAGCACCCACGAUUACGAGAUCAGGAAGAUUGUUUCAUCAGUUCCUUGUGACGCCUACACAAUGAUAGAAUCGAGUAGACUGCGUUACUUAUGGCUGAAUCAGAAAAAACUCCGGUCAGUUAGUUAUGAUGCAAUCCAGAAAGCAGCUGCAAAAGGCGGAGCUAAGAUGGCUGAGCAAGGGAGCCGAAUUUUCAUCCCAGCAACUUUCACCGGAGGAAAACGUUAUAUGAAGCAACAUUACUACGAUGCCAUGGCUCUGUGCAAGUACUAUGGAUUUCCAGAUCUUUUCAUCACUUUUACGUGCAAUCCAAAAUUGCCUGAAGUUACAAGGACGGCUCCUUAUUUGGCCCAGUUUCUGCAGGUAAAUCUCCUACCAAUUUUCUCCAGUGAUGCCGUAAUGUACACGAUUGAGUUUCAGAAAAGAGGAAUGCCACACGUUCAUAUUCUCGUCUUCAUGCAAAAUGGAGCCAAAUUUCCAACAGCUGAUCAUAUAGACACUAUUAUAUCGGCUGAGAUACCUGACAAGACGGUAGAUCCAGACCUGUAUGCAAUCGUUGGGGAUUGUAUGAUGCAUGGUCCUUGCGGUCCAGCAAAGAAGGAUAAUGUAUGUAUGGUUAACAGUAAAUGUUCUAAGAUGUUUCCGAAACGACUGAACAUCAGGACAUCGAUUGACGCAAAUGGAUUUCCAGCUUACAUGCGUCGUAUUGAUGGUAGGUUCAUUGAGAAAAAUGGAAUCAGAUUAGACAAUGGAUAUGUUGUACCUUACAAUAGAAACCUCAUGCUUCGAUAUCACGCGCAUAUGAAUGUCGAGUGGUGCAUCCAAACGCGUGCUGUUAAGUAUCUUUUCAAAUAUAUCCAUAAGGGACCUGAUUAUGCUUCAGCUGCAAUGGAUAAAGAAGAUGAAGAUGGCGUCAUCGACGAAAUCAAAACAUAUUACGACUGCAUAGGGCCGAAAUCGUACGAGGAUAUAAGAACAGUUGAUGGUGUUGUAUAUUCUACAUACGAAGAUGCUUGCUAUGCUUUGGGUUUGAUGGAUGAUGACAAGGAAUACAUAGAAGCAAUCAAAGAUUGUAGUGAUAAUAGUUCUGGCACGUAUGCGAGGAAGCUUUUUUCGAGAAUGUUGGUAUCCAAAACAUUAUCUCAGCCUCAUGUUGUGUGGGAAGCUACUUGGGAGUAUCUAACCGACGAUAUUCUCUACAAGAAACGACGACAAACUGGAAAUCCCGAGUUGAACUUGACCAUAGAUCAGAUCAAAAACAUUGCUCUAACCGAGAUCCAAAAUCAUUUGCUUAGCAAUGGUCGUAGCCUCCAGAAAUGGCUCCUAAUGCCAAAGCCAGAUGAUUUUGGUUGUUACAACGGCAAUCGCCUUAUAGAUGAUGAGCUUAAGUAUGUUGUGGAAGAUCAGCUAAAAGAAAAUGAAAGACUUAUGGCGAUGAUAACAGAUGAGCAAAGAGGGGUUUACAACAAGAUUUUGGAUGCAGUUUUAAAUGAUAGCGGUGGAGUGUUCUUUCUUUAUGGUUAUGGAGGCACAGGUAAAACCUUCGUAUAUAGAGUACUCUCAUCAGCAAUCCGAUCUAGACGUAUGAUUGUUCUAAAUACCGCAUCCAGUGGAAUUGCUGCAUUAUUGUUGGAAGGAGGUAAAACCGCACAUUCCAGGUUUGGUAUUCCGAUAGAUGCCGACGAGUUUACUACUUACAAGAAAAUUGACCCAGGAUCAGAUCGUGCAGAAUUAGUUAUAGCAGCAAAGCUCAUUGUAUGGGAUGAGGCGCCUAUGAUGAGCAGACACUGUUUCGAGACUUUGGAUCGUUCUAUGCGUGAUAUUAUAAGAUCUUCUGAAGACAAACCUUUUGGAGGUAAAGUAGUUGUUUUCGGUGGAGAUUUCAGACAGAUUUUACCGGUUAUACCUGGAGAUGGUAGAGCAGAGACUGUUUUGCAAGCUCUGAAUUCGUCAUAUCUUUGGGAGCACUGCAAAGUUUUGAAGCUAACAAAAAACAUGAGAUUGCUCGCUGGUCUUACUGAUGAUGCAGCAAAAGACCUUCAAUCCUUCUCAAAAUGGAUUUUGGAUGUUGGAGAUGGAAAAAUAAAUUUGCCAAACGACGGUCAAGUUGACAUUGACAUCCCUUCUGAUCUGUUGAUCAAAAAUAUUGGAGAAGAUCCUAUUCAGACUAUUGCAAAGGAGUUGCUAGGUGAAUACAAGGUUUACCUUAGCUCUAACAGUAUAAUCCCAUCCGAUGUUGAUGUAGAAGAAAAUGUUACCUAUCCAACAGAGUUUUUGAACAGUGUUAGAGUGGCAGGAAUGCCUAGACAUAAUUUGAAGCUGAAGGUUGGUGCUCCUAUUAUGUGUCUCCGUAACUUGGAUUUGGUAGAUGGCUUAUUCAAUGGUACUAGGCUAAUUUUUACUCAGUUUCUCCCCCAUGUUAUAGAAGGUAGAAUUAUAACUGGAAACAGUACUGCUGGAGACAAAGUCUGGAUUCCUAGAAUGUAUGUCAGUCCACCUGACACAAAAUUUCCCUUCAGAAUGCGUCGAAUACAGUUUCCCGUUACACUGGCUUUCGCGAUGACCAUCAACAAAAGUCAAGGUCAAACACUAGAAAGUGUUGGUUUGUUUUUGCCUAGGCCAGUGUUCUCUCAUGGUCAGCUCUACGUUGCACUUUCAAGAGUUAAGUCGAGAUGGAUUAAAAUCCUAAUAACUGGUAAAGAAAGGAAGGUCGAGACAAAAACAUUGAAUGUUGUCUACAAACAAGUUUUUCAAAAUAUUCCGUAG